AUGUAUCUCUUCUCUGUUUCCCACCACAGUCAGGGCUGGUUCCCAGCUGCCUAUGUGGGGCCACUGGAGGAGGCCCCUAGAUCAACUGGCUCCAGUAGCUCCACCCUUAGGAGCGCCCACAGUAUGGACAACCUACUAGACCAAUCAGGAGGCAGCAGCCACGGCAGACCCCCGCCCCCGCCUCCACCCAAUAGACAGACAGAGAUGCGUCCAAUCACACCCAUCAUGGAGAGAAGGACGGAGUCUCACUCUGACAACAAGAGAGGAGAGCGCCAUGGUGGACCUGUGCCAAACCUCUUCCCAAAGGGCACUAACCCUUUUGCCACUGUCAAGCUGAAGCCCACAUCCACAGAUGACCGAUCUGCUCCGCGGCUCCGUCGGUGAAGAGGUCACGCCCUUGAGAGGUACUGGGCGCGUUCCAGGUUGACUACAUUUCAGUUGUUGGAUUGCAUCAAAAAAAUGGUUUCAUGCCACUUUAUUGACUGCUAUAUCAUAUGAUUCACUGAUCUGUUAAAUAAAUAUUUAUCCAGGUGGGUCUGAAAUGUAGUCAUCCUAAAACGCGUCCACUACCAUGCAGCAGGGGUUUUAGGGUUGAUGCCCUAAAACUGCCCCAAAUCUUCCCAAAUUGUUGAAAACUGUCUUAAAACUGCCCAAAACUUUCCCUAAGCAGCCCCUAAUACCAAUCUUGUAUUUAUAUCCAUAUUAUGGAGUUUAUCGGAUGACUACAGUGAUAAAGGAACUUCAGAGGGCAGUGUAAGAUGACAGAAACCCUAAUAGAUGCUUGGUGCACUGAUUGACCUGAAAAGUGCAUUAAUAAUUUUUUUUUAGUUAGUGAGACAAAUCUUUGAGAGCGCUCAUUUAUGCACUUUUCUUCAGAAUCAGGGAUAUACGUGUUAGGUACAGGAAAUAUCAUGGUAGAGGAAGUUGUUUUUAAUCAAAGCCUUUUGAAUUGUUGUCUUCAAGUAGCUCUUUUAUUUAGCUUUGCUUGUACAGUGACAAUAUGGCAGUUUAAACCAAUACGUAACUUUGAUGCUAAACUACAGUGAACCACAGUGAGCUAAUAUUUCUCUUAGGAAUGCCAUGUAGAUAGAUUGUUAUGACAAGUGAGUUUGAGCUACUAACUUAACAGUGCUGUUUUGUCCAGUGCCUUUAGUAAAUGUACGAUAUGAUGUGUAUGUGUUUGUUUGUUCAUGCAGGCAGUAGGGUGGACUACUACUGUAGUGAAGAACCCGGGGUUGUCAAUUCUAAUCCACCAAUGGGGAUACUUAACCUAAAUUACCCUUUCGUGUGUACCCAGCUAUGUAAAUGGCUGACGUGAGAGUGUUGAGCUGUUAUAGCUGUAACUGAAUGAAUAAUUUUUACUUUACUGCUAGAAUAAAAAUGGCAGCUGCUUUUCACAUGGUUUCAAAUUCCUUUAAAUCAGACAGAAAUACAUCCUCUGAUUCUGAAGUUUUUUAGUUGCUGGCGAUAUUUUACACAUUUAUUUUUUUGUUAUUGAGGGCCACUUGGAAGU